GGUUUUAUAGCAGAGAGCCAUUUUUGUGGAGGCCACGGAUGCCCAAACAGUACGGCUCCUCUCCCAAGGACUCGAGCUGACCAGACCAGUUUAAGGAAAAGAAAAAAAGUAUAAAGAAUAAAGAUUUGUAGAGAGAGAAAGGCAUGGAAAUACAAGACUAGAGAGAGAAAGACAAAGACAGAGAAGCUUAAAAACUUUUGCUUUUUCGGCAUAUAUAUAAAACAUCCAUAACCUUAUUUUGAAGAAAAUUCGAAACCCAAACCAAAACUUAAAAAGCUUCGAAAAGGGGGCAAGAAAAAAAAAAAAAAAAUCCCCUCAAGAGUGCUUUGUUUGCUUGCUAUUAUCGUCUUCUUCAGCUCAAACUUAAAGCCGCCUUUUAUUUUUCAUCUUUCAUUUUUAAUUUUUAGUUAUUUUUCUUCUGUUUUUAUUUCUUUUUUUUAUUUCAUUUUCUAUUUUUCCCCUCUCUCUCAAAAAUUCCGUUGAAAUUCCAAAAAGCUACCAUUCCAUUUCUCUCCGAUCUGACUCACCGAGUUACUUCUCUUUCAACUCGGCCUUUGUCUCGGAUGAGUUAGCGGGUGAAGAUCGCCGAGUGUAUUCGCCAUGGCUGCACCAGUUAAUAUAAUUGUAGGUUCUCAUGUAUGGGUUGAAGAUCCAGUGGAAGCAUGGAUCGACGGAGAAGUUUUUCGAAUCAACGGCGAAGAAGUUCAUGUUCAUACAACAAAUGGGAAAACUUUAACCACAAAUAUCUCAAAAGUUUUUCCAAAGGAUACUGAAGCUCCUCCUGGAGGGGUAGAUGACAUGACAAAGUUGUCAUAUUUGCAUGAACCUGGAGUUCUACAUAAUUUGGCCACCAGAUAUGAACUCAAUGAAAUAUAUACAUACACUGGAAAUAUAUUGAUCGCAGUCAACCCAUUUCAAAGACUACCACAUUUGUAUGAUACUCAUAUGAUGGAGCAAUAUAAAGGAGCUGCAUUCGGAGAGUUAAGCCCUCAUGUUUUUGCAGUUGCAGAUGUUGCAUACAGGGCAAUGAUUAAUGAGGGGAAGAGCAAUUCAAUUCUUGUUAGCGGAGAGAGUGGUGCUGGUAAAACUGAGACGACAAAGAUGCUUAUGCGGUAUCUUGCAUACCUUGGGGGUCGAUCGGGGGUAGAAGGACGGACAGUUGAGCAACAAGUUCUAGAAUCCAAUCCAGUCCUUGAAGCAUUUGGAAACGCUAAAACUGUUAGGAACAACAACUCAAGUCGUUUCGGUAAAUUUGUUGAGAUCCAAUUUGACAAGAAUGGGAGGAUAUCUGGAGCAGCUAUAAGGACUUAUUUGCUUGAGAGAUCUCGUGUUUGCCAAAUUUCAGAUCCUGAAAGGAACUAUCAUUGCUUUUACCUUCUGUGUGCAGCACCACACGAGGAUAAAGAGAAAUAUAAGUUGGGAAACCCUAGAUCAUUCCACUACUUAAAUCAAUCCAACUGUUUUGAGUUGGACGGAGUAGAUGAUGCCCAUGAAUAUCUUGCCACCAGAAGGGCAAUGGAUGUUGUUGGAAUCAGUGAGGAAGAGCAGGAAGCAAUUUUUAGGGUUGUAGCUGCAAUACUGCAUCUUGGAAAUGUUGAAUUUGCUAAGGGAGAGGAGAUUGACUCCUCUGUCAUCAAGGAUGAGAAAUCUAGAUUCCAUCUCAAUAUGACAGCUGAACUUCUUAAGUGUGAUGCAAAGAGCUUGGAAGAUGCACUCAUUCAGCGUGUAAUGGUAACACCAGAAGAGAUUAUUACAAGGACUCUUGAUCCUGUUGCUGCAAUAAUUAGCAGGGAUGCCUUAGCGAAAACUGUUUAUUCACGCCUGUUUGAUUGGCUUGUGGAUAAAAUCAACAAUUCCAUUGGUCAAGAUCCAAAUUCAAAAUCAUUGAUUGGAGUUCUUGAUAUUUAUGGGUUUGAGAGUUUUAAGUUUAAUAGUUUUGAGCAGUUCUGUAUUAAUUUUACAAAUGAGAAGCUGCAACAACAUUUCAAUCAGCAUGUCUUCAAAAUGGAACAAGAGGAAUAUACAAAAGAAGAAAUUAAUUGGAGCUACAUAGAGUUUGUUGAUAACCAAGAUGUGUUGGAUCUAAUUGAGAAGAAACCUGGAGGAAUUAUUGCACUGUUAGAUGAAGCCUGCAUGUUUCCUAAAUCCACACAUGAAACUUUUGCUCAGAAGUUAUACCAAACAUUCAAAAACAACAAGCGCUUCAUCAAACCUAAGCUUUCUCGUACCAGUUUCACUAUAUCUCACUAUGCAGGGGAGGUAACCUAUCUGGCUGAUCAGUUCCUUGAUAAAAACAAAGAUUAUGUGGUGGCAGAACAUCAGGAUCUCUUGACAGCUUCAAAAUGCUCAUUUGUGGCUGGCCUAUUUCCUCAACUUCCAGAGGAAUCAUCGAAGUCAUCUAAGUUUUCCUCCAUUGGAUCACGCUUUAAGUUGCAACUUCAAUCUUUGAUGGAGACAUUGAAUUCAACAGAACCUCAUUAUAUCAGAUGUGUAAAGCCAAAUAAUGCUCUGAAACCUGCUAUUUUUGAGAACUUCAACAUAAUCCAACAAUUACGCUGUGGUGGUGUUCUCGAGGCUAUAAGGAUUAGCUGUGCUGGGUAUCCUACUAGACGGACAUUUUAUGAGUUUCUUCAUAGAUUUGGGGUUCUUGCACCAGAAGUUUUGGAAGGAAACUAUGAUGACAAGAUUGCAUGCCAGAUGAUCUUGGAUAAGAGGGGACUGAAAGGUUAUCAGAUAGGCAAGACAAAGGUCUUCCUACGAGCUGGUCAGAUGGCUGAGUUGGAUGCAAGAAGAGCAGAAGUACUUGGAAAUGCUGCUAGAACUAUACAAAGGCAAAUACGAACCCAUAUUGCACAGAAGGAGUUUGUUGCAUUGCGUAAAGCUGCUAUUCAAUUGCAAUCUUAUCUGCGAGGUGUUUCUGCCCGCAAACUGUUUGAGCAAUUGAGACAAGAAGCAGCAGCUUUAAAGAUACAGAAGACCUUCCGAUGCUUCACUGCUAGAACAUCUUACUUAACCAUACAUUCAUCAGCAAUCAAACUGCAAACAGGGUUAAGGGCAAUGACUGCUCGUAAUGAAUUCAGAUUCAGAAAACAAACCAAGGCUGCAAUCAUUAUCCAGGCUCAUUUGCGUUGCCUUGUAGCAUAUUCUUACUAUAAGAGUCUCCAGAAGGCUGUAAUAGUUACUCAGUGUGGUUGGAGGCGAAGGGUUGCUAGGAGGGAGCUCAGGCUGCUUAAAAUGGCUGCAAGAGAAACAGGGGCCCUUAAAGAAGCAAAAGACAAACUUGAGAAGCGUGUGGAAGAACUCACAUGGCGUUUGCAACUUGAGAAGCGAUUAAGGACUGAUUUGGAAGAGGAAAAGGCCCAAGAAAUAGCUAAGUUACAGGAGGCUUUGCAUGCAAUGCAAACACAAGUAGAAGAAGCAUAUGCCAGAGUUGUGAAAGAAAGAGAGGCAGCUAGGAAAGCUAUUGAAGAUGCACCGCCUGUCAUCAAGGAGACUCCUGUGAUAGUUCAAGACACUGAAAAGAUUGAUUCAUUAACAGCUGAAGUGGAGAGUUUGAAGGCUUUGCUGCUAUCAGAAAGACAGGCAGCAGAGGAGGCCAGAAAAUCUGGUAUGAACGCAGAGGCAAGAAACACAGAGCUUACAAAGAAACUGGAAGAUGCAGGGAGAAAAGUGGAUCAGCUUCAGGAAUCUGUACAGAGGCUAGAGGAGAAACUUUCCAACUCAGAGUCAGAGAAUCAAGUACUUCGUCAGCAAGCAUUGACUAUGUCACCAACUGGAAAAACUUUAUCUGCAAGACCAAAGACGGUGAUGAUUCAGAGGACACCAGAGAAUGGUAAUGUCCAUAAUGGAGAAGUGAAGGUUUCUUCAGAUAUGACUCUUGCUAUAUCACAUGCUGCAAAUGCACGUGAGCCAGAAUCAGAGGAAAAACCGCAGAAAUCUCUCAAUGAGAAGCAGCAGGAGAACCAGGACCUCCUGAUCAAGUGUAUAUCACAAAAUUUGGGAUUCUCAGGGGGCAGACCUGUUGCUGCCUGUGUCAUAUACAAAUGCCUUCUUCACUGGAGGUCAUUUGAAGUUGAAAGAACUAGCAUUUUUGAUCGCGUUAUUCAAACAAUAGCUUCAGCUAUAGAGGUCCAGGAUAAUAAUGACUUCUUAGCUUAUUGGUUGUCAAAUACAUCGACUUUAUUGUUGCUGCUUCAACAUACACUUAAAGCAAGUGGAGCAGCCAGCUUGACGCCACAACGGCGAAGAACUACAUCAGCAUCUCUUUUUGGGAGGAUGUCUCAAGGUUUAAGGGCUUCUCCUCAAAGUGCCGGAAUCUCAUUUCUUAACGGUCGUACACUUGGUAGGCUGGAUGAUUUACGCCAAGUUGAGGCUAAAUAUCCAGCAUUGCUGUUUAAGCAGCAGCUGACUGCCUUCCUCGAGAAGAUAUAUGGAAUGAUAAGAGACAAUUUAAAGAAAGAGAUCUCCCCGUUACUUGGGCUGUGUAUCCAGGCCCCAAGGACAUCGCGGGCAAGUUUAGUGAAAGGACGCUCUCAAGCCAAUGCCAUAGCUCAGCAAGCUUUAAUCGCUCAUUGGCAAAGCAUUGUGAAAAACUUGAACAAUUAUCUGCAGAUGAUGAAAGCAAACCAUGUGCCACCAUACUUGGUCCGUAAAGUGUUCACUCAGAUAUUUUCAUUCAUCAAUGUUCAACUUUUUAACAGUCUUCUUUUGCGGCGUGAGUGUUGUUCAUUCAGUAACGGGGAGUAUGUGAAAGCGGGUUUGGCUGAAUUAGAACAAUGGUGCUAUGCAGCAACCGAGGAAUAUGCAGGUUCAGCUUGGGAUGAACUGAAGCACAUUAGACAGGCAGUUGGAUUUUUGGUCAUACAUCAAAAGCCCAAAAAGACCUUGAAUGAAAUUACCAAGGAGCUCUGCCCUGUGCUUAGCAUUCAGCAGUUGUAUAGGAUCAGUACGAUGUACUGGGACGAUAAGUAUGGCACACAUACCGUAUCUUCUGAUGUUAUUUCGAGCAUGAGAGUCAUGAUGACCGAGGACUCCAACAAUGCCGUUAGCAGUUCUUUCUUGUUGGAUGAUGACUCCAGCAUACCAUUCUCAGUGGAUGACAUAUCCAAGUCUAUGAAGCAAGUAGAAAUUACUGAUAUUGAGCCUCCACCGUUGAUCCGUGAGAACUCAGGGUUUGGGUUCUUACUUCCACGAGCCGAGUAAUGUGGAUACCUUGUCGUCCACUUCUUCAUGGUUGUCCGCAAAGACCAUUUUUGCUUUUUGCACAUGAAAAUUUUUAAUGUGCCGAAACACUGUGCAUACAGUAUCUCAUUGUUUUCUACCAUCCAAUCCAUGUGUAUAGUAGUUUUUUUAAUCUUUUUUUGGGGUUAUAGACCCAACCCGUCUUGGAGUGAUGGGUCGGGUCAAUUCAUUCUUUUUCCCUCUUUAAGUUCCAUCGACACGAGAGGGUAUUUGUUCGGAAGCCAAUAUCACUUUAUUGAUGUGAUAAUGUGCGAGUUGGGGGUGUCGGGCACUGAUGGUGUCCAAACAAUUUACGAUACCAUACCCAUAUCCUCAUGGGCUUCUUUCAUAUUUUUAUUUUUAUUAUUUUUUUUUUAUUUUUGGUGGGUUUCAGAGUUUUGUUUUUUUAGGGGUUUCUGAGUGAAAUGCAUUUUAUAGGGCAUUUAUUUGUUGUAUGAAGAAGAAGUUAAUACUUUUUUAAGUGUUGUAACAUUCAUAAUUUUUUUAAUUCCUUUUAAAUGGUUAGAUCAAAGUCUAUUAGUGUA